AUUUCUUAUCACCCCAAUCUGGAUACCUCAGUUUAUCACCUACCAUCCCACUUUACUGCAACCUCCCAUACUCAAUAACCACAACCAACUGUCUCACCCUCGAACCUAAAUCUCCCCCACUCACCACAAUGGAUAAAUACACAAAAGCCAUCGAGCUCAUCGACGCCGCCCACGCGCAAGACCCCAAAACCAUCACCCCUCCGGACUCCCCCACACCAAUCCCUUACGAACUCCACUACGCCAACAAAAUGACCAAAUACCUUUCCCUCCGCUGCCCCUCUGCGCCCGAAACACUCCGUCUCGCUAUUCGCGCGCAACAUCUCAAGCGCUGGGAGGUCCCGCGGUCUUCGUACCCCAUGACUAAAAUUGGGUACCAUUCUUGGCGGAGUGGUCUGCAGAAGCGGCAGGCGGAGAUCGCGGAGGGGAUCUGUUUGGAGGCAGGUUAUUCGGCGGAGGAGGCAGGGAGGGUGGCGGCGUUGGUGAGGAAGGAGGGGUUGAAGAGUGAUUCGGAAACACAGGUGUUGGAAGAUGUGGCUUGUUUGGUGUUUUUGGAUGACCAGUUCGAGGAGUUUGAGAAGGGGUAUGAUGAGGAGAAGGUCUUGGGAAUCUUGAGGAAGACGUGGGCUAAGAUGUCGGAUGAGGGGCGCGAGUUGGCUCUGAAGAUUGACAUGUCUGAGAGGGCGAGGGGAUUGGUUGUGAAGGCUUUGGAGGGCUAAACUUAUGUUUUCUCUUGUUAUUGUAUAUAAUGUUGUUCAAUGAUAUGUUCUGCAAGUGGAGAUAUUAUAUUGUGAUGCCGGUUGUAUUAGUCGUCUAUUAGUAGCAUCGAG